AUGUCUGGAGUUGAACUUGAUCUUGUAUGUCCGGAAAUUGAUGUUGAUGAUUUUUCAUCAGUAUCAAGUAUGUAUUUAUUGUUAAAACUUUUCGAAAAAUCCAAUAAUCCUGAAAAUACUUUCGUCGAGGAGGAUCAAACAUUAGAAGCAAAUGAUGAAAUAACGCCACUUCAACUAACAAAUGUCAAUAAUCUUGAAACCCAAAUAUCAAAUGAAAAUAUUAUUACAACAGCCGAUCAUUAUUCUAAUGAAGAAUCUAUUGAUUCACAAACGAGAAUAACACAAGAAAAUGAACCAUAUAAAUCACCAUUAAUGAAUACAAUACAAACUUCAAUUGAUGUACAACCAAUGUCAACAAAUAAUGAAAAAGAAAUUAGUGCUUUACAAAGCAUAUUUAAUGAUACUGUUUAUUUUUUAAUUAAAAGUGGAAAUGAAGAAAAUGUUUCAUUGGCUAAAGCUAAAGGUGUAUGGUCAACACCACCUGCGAAUGAAAAUAAACUUAAUCGAGCAUUUCGACAACAUCGAAAUGUUAUUUUAAUUUUUUCAGUUGCUGAAAGUAAAGCAUUUCAAGGUUUUGCACGUAUGUCAUGUGAAGCUCGUCAUGAUAGUCAACCAAUUAAUUGGGUAUUACCACCUGGAAUGAGUAAUCGAGCUUUUUCUGGCGUUAUUUAUAUCGAUUGGGUCUCUCGACGAAGUUUACCAUUUAAUCAAACUCUACAUUUAUUUAAUUCAUGGAAUGAAAAUAAACCUGUUAAAAUUGGACGUGAUGGACAGGAAAUAGAACCACGUUGUGCUGAAGCUUUAUGUCGUUUAUUUCCACCUGAUCCAACAAUGGAUGUUAUAUCAAUAUCAAGAAAAGCAGAAAAACAUAAAUCAUCUCGAUCACCAUUAUCAAUAAAUCCAUCAAAAGAUAUAAAUCAUCGUUCAUCCACAUCUAUUGAUCGUCAUAGACGUCAUCGAUCAAGAAGUCGCGAACGUAACAGUAAUGAAUCACAUCGUAAACGACGACAUCGAUCAACAUCAUCACAUUCUGAUCAUGGUAAUAAACGUAGUCCAACUCAAAAACAUUCGCAUCGUAGUAAUGGUGAUCCACCAUUACCUAAUAGCCUCGACAAAAGAAUGUCACAUAUAAUGGCUAAUGGAACAUAUGAAGAUUAUGUAAAAUAUAUGCUUGAAACUCAAACGCAAUAUACUGGAUAUGCGCCAACUAUGUUUCCAUCAACAACUUAUCCAAUGGUUUAUGAUCCAACCGGUCUUUAUACAAUGGGAUAUGAUUCUCAUAGUAUACAUAGUGGAGGUUAUAAUGAUCCAAUGAAUAUGUAUUUACCUCAACCAUCUUCAUCUAUGUCUCAAAAUACAACUGAAUACGAACAAGAAAUAAAUGCAUUUCUUCGUCAUACAACAUCAUCAUCACAUAAAGAAAAUGAUAAUGGAAAUCGAUCACAUCGAAAUCAUCAUUAUCAUCAUCAUCAUCGUAGAUCAUCAUCUCGGCAUCGUUCAAAAUCUCGUGAAUAUCGUCAUUAG